CAAGUAAAAGUUGGGACCCGCAGUGCUCAGGCACUUGAAGAAUGGAUCGCGAUGCCUUUCUACCCGCCGAGGAGAGACAGUGGGCCGGAGCUCACUUCGCGCCCACCGGAAAGAGGUGAGGCCGGAGUCACGAUGCACCUCAACUGGUUGAUCAAGAGUUUCCUCAUAGGGCUCAUGCUGCUCGGUCUGUCGUUUUGGUUGGUGCAAACUGCCGGUAUCCAGUACCUCGCAACCCUCACCAGUGCCGUCUUGAUCGCCUUCCUGUUCGCCUACGUCGUAUGGUGUCUGAUGCACAAGGGCAGACAUUCGAGACAGAGAACAGACAGGGCCAGUCAGAUAGAGGCAGGCCACAAUCCGCCCUUGCAUCUGACAGCUGAACCACAGACAGCUACACCACCGCCUCCAUUCGACCAUCAUCAGUCCUACAAGUUCUUAACUGCGAUACCGGCCCGGGGCGUAUCUCCACCCCCCAGCUACGAGGAGGCAAUACGAGCUAUGGUGUCCAUGAGUACCAGCACUCCAGGACUCGGGCUUCACACCCCUGUUUCGCCUACACCAACGACAAACUCAACACCACCCAUAUCGGCAAUCUCAUUGACACAGCUGUAUUCCACCAUUGUGCUACAGUCGCCACAGCCGUUAGCCGUUUCUGCAUCAUCGCAGUCGGCCUUAACGUCUCCGUUAACACCCUUAAGGUUGUGUUCAACACCAGAGACAGUCCCAGUGCCUGAAACAUUGACAGCAUCAGGACAGAACGAGCCAGUAUCAACUACAAAGCGCCUACCUCAGUCAACAGUAACACAUCAGCCAUCUACAGACUUAACUUAAACAUUAUCGUCUGCCCUAACAUCAUCUUCGACGGUGUCAACACAGUCUCAACACCCGACACCACCCGCAUUUCAGAUGACAGAAGUGUCGUGGAAUACUGAAACGUUGUGCUAACUUAAUCGACAUAAGUGCAUUACUACGCAUGAGAUAGAAUUUUGAAGUUGUAAGUAGCCAUAAAUGUGAUAAACAACUAACCUGCUCCAGCCGUCAGAUUUUUUGUUAUAUUUGAGACAAAUUUGUCUAAAUCUGUGGCUUCAAGUUUGUGUCAUUUUAACGCAGAAAACGAGCAGUAUUAUUGUAACAGAACGCCUUAUGCACGCAUGUGCCUGUGGAAGUGUAAUUAUAAGAAGCGACAAUAAUUGGGAAAUAUGACAUCGGGAACGAUAAGCAGGAGUGGACGAAGAAGGAAUCUGCCCCAUGGUGCAGACAAUACGACGCACCGGCCAUAGGCGGGAUUGCUCCAAAACUGAGCUACCAGCUGAUGAAAAUGUAUUUACCUUGAAGAUGGCUGUCGUCUGAGUUCUCGCGUCUUGUAAUCUGGCAGAAAUGUUCCAAUGUUUCGGAGGUCCUUGCCGCCUCC